AUGUCUUUGGAAGGUCGAGAUAUCAUAGUCGGCGGCAAGUACAAGAUUGGUCGAAAAAUUGGUGCCGGCUCCUUUGGAGAGAUUUACUUGGGUACCAACAUUACCAGUGGAGAAGAUAUUGGCAUCAAAUUGGAAAGCAUUCGAGCAGCACAUCCUCAGCUAGAAUAUGAAGCCCGCGUAUACAAGACAUUGGCUGGUGGUGUGGGCAUCCCAUUCUGUCGUUGGUAUGGCAAAGAGGGCGAAUACAAUGUCCUAGUCAUGGAUCUCUUGGGCCCUUCCUUGGAGGACUUGUUCAACUAUUGCAAACGACGCUUCACCUUGAAAACUGUCCUUUUAUUGGCAGAUCAAUUGUUGUCCCGUAUAGAAUACAUUCAUUCGAAAGGUUUCAUUCAUCGUGAUAUCAAGCCUGAUAAUUUCCUAAUGGGUAUCGGCAAGCGUGGUAACCAGGUCAACAUGAUCGACUUUGGUCUUGCCAAACGAUUCCGUGAUCCACGAACCAACGUGCAUAUACCCUAUCGAGAGAACAAGAAUCUCACUGGCACACCACGUUAUGCAAGCGUCAACACACAUCUUGGCAUUGAGCAAUCUCGUCGUGAUGAUCUCGAGUCGCUUGGAUAUAUCCUGGUCUACUUUUGUAAGGGCCAAUUGCCAUGGCAAGGCAUUCGAGCAAGGACAAAGAAGGAAAAGUAUGACAAGAUCAUGGAGAAAAAGAUGACAACACCUGCGGAUGCGUUAUGCCGGAGCUUGAGCCAGGAGUUUGCCAUAUACCUCAACUAUGUCCGCUCCUUACGAUUUGAUGACAAGCCCGAUUACUCUUAUUUGCGCAAGCUGUUUCGAGAUCUCUUUGUUCGUGAAGGAUAUCAAUAUGAUUAUGUAUUUGAUUGGACAAUUCGGAAAAUGCAAGAAAAGAAGCUAGCGGAGAACCAAGGGAUGCGCAUGGACCCACCUUUGUAUAACAAUGUGCCAUACGAUCCACUCCCUGUUCAGCAACGUCGUCCUAUGGUUACCACCGGGUUGCCAUCUCCUGGUAUUGGUCAUCGCACUUCAACCACCCAGCCGUAUCGAGCAGAAUCAAAGUCGCCGGAUACAUCAAAGAGGCUCGAUGAUGUGAUGCUUCAAUAUCAACAGCAGCAACAGCAACAAAAGCUAUUGCAGCAUCAGCAGCAGCAGUAUAGUCAUCAACCUCCAGUGAUGAUUCCGCAAUCGACUCCUCAAGAUCAUGCCUACUUGGCCAAUCAUCAUGGCUAUGCUGGAACCGGCGGUGGAAGAAUGCUUGUAAGAGAUAACCAAGCCAGUGCAGGUUCAUCAUCCAACAGAAUCCUGCGCACACAAAACAAGGCGCUCCCGAAUGUCGGAAGUUCAUCAGCCAUGGCCACCCAGUCGCCGUCGUUCCUAGAUCCUGCAUCGACUUCAUACCAUCAUGAUUAUUUGCCUGAAAGUAAUGUUGGGGCAUCAGCUGGCAUCCAUGGUACUACUACAAUGGAUCUUAGAUCAUCGGCUGCUCUUCCAAGUGAACGAUCCAAGACAUUGGGCAACAACCCUACAAAGCCCCUUCACAUGUUUAAUUCUUCAAGGCUUUACGAUGACUUUUAA